AUGUACCAGCUAAAAAUACCACUGUGGGGUGAUAACAGUUAUGAUCAACGCUUCGAUCAAAAUAGUACUGCUUCCAACAAAACUGGCUUUCAUCACUUGUCAACAAACUUAAAUGAAAACACUUCAUUUCAGAGGAAUAGUCAGUCAGAAAUGUGGAAUAAGAAUCAACCUUCCUCGAGUGAAUUACUAUAUUCAAGAAAUACUGGUCGUCUGUUGCCUCCAUCUAACAACAACAGGUCUACUAGAGCACGUAACCAAACUUCUAGCUGUGAUAGAAGCCAAUAUCUGAAAAAUACAUCCACGACAGAUGAACUUUUUCGUGAAUAUGAAAUUCAAAUCUUCACACUUAUCUGUAGUAUUCUACAAACAAAUGAUGUGAAUGCAGUCCAACACUGGUUGGAAAAUGCAACAGAUAGGGAGAAAAGCCUACUCAUUAGUCUGAUUUCUACUGCACUAUCCCACCAGAAGGUAUAUUUCGACCUUAAACAACCCACUGAAAUUUCUCAGAAAUCUUACUGGGACACGCAUCGUUCUCGAAGAGAAAAAUGUUCAAAUAAUGAUGUGAACUUAAAUACAAUGACAGAAGAGAACAAUACACAAAACUGUUGCACUACAACAGAUCGUUUAUUGAUAGAUGAUGCUCAUAAUUUAAAUGAAACACACAGCAGAGGUGUACAAGCUAAUCUUCUUCAAUCUGCAUCUGAUAUAACUUCAAACAUUGAUCAUUCACAGUUCAAUGAAGCAAAUGGUAUAAAUGAAACUUCCAGUCUUUGUCAAACGCCGCUAAAACCCAGCUGGAGACAACAUGAAUCAAUUUGA